AUGUCACAACUCGAACAGUCUCUCAGAUCAACCAGCCUCGCUGAGACUCUUUCCACUUACGACAAAUGGGCAAACAACUAUAACCAAGACGUCGAAAAGGAAGAGUACGUCGCACCAAAGGUGGCUGCUGAGAACCUGGUCAACCAUCUGAAUCCUAAAAACAUUUCAGAAGCAAAGAUCCUCGACGCGGGGUGUGGAACAGGCCUUGUCGGGGAAGCCUUACUCAACCUCGGCGCGAAACACAUCGACGGCAUUGAUCUCAGCCCUGGUAUGCUUGAAGUUGCCGAGCGAACAGGGGUCUACGAGUCUCUCAGCGUUGCGAAUCUGGCUGAACAGCUCGAAAUAGCAGAAGACAACUACGAUGCUGUCAUUUGCGUUGGGACCAUGACAGAAGGCCAUGUAGGACCGGAAGCCUUUGAUGAGUUUGUGAGAGUUACAAAGCCUGGAGGGACCAUUGUGUCAACCGUUAGAGAAUCUGUUUGGAAACCGAAAGGAUACGAGAAAAAGGUGGAGGGUCUCGUCAAGGACGGAAGGGUCAAACUGGUCAGCAAUUUAAAGGAGCAUCAGAGGAUUGGAGCAGGUGUAUUUGCUUAUUUUGUUAUACUCCAAGUUAUUUAG